AUGUCUUCUCACAAGACUUUCAGGCAAUUCCCGGCCAGGAAACAAAAGCAGAAUCAUUCCAUUCUCCAGUGGAUUCGAAUGAAAACUGGUAAUAAAAUCAGAUACGACCCCAAGAGAAGACAUUGGAGAAGAACCAGGCUGGGUCUAUAA